GAUGCGCGGUGUGUCCCCUUAUAUUUAUAGCAGGAAACAUAGAUUGAUCUGCAGAACUCUUUUAGCACAGACUAGAGAUGGCAACCAAAAUAUAUCAACUGCUACCAUUCUUCUAUUUUCUGCAGCUAUCAUUUGGUGAGAUCUCAUUCAUUGGUCCAAGACAUCAAUUGAUAACAUUACCAAGAAGUCUGAGUGACCUACAUAGUUUAACAAUUCUCUAUUUUAAUUUGGUGCCAGGGACACAACAACAAGAUUAUACCUCAACAUGGACUCUACCUAAUGGGGAAAUGGUAUCUGCUGGAAAUUUAAUUCCAAACUCACGAGUUCUUGCCUCAGAUAGACCACUUGUAAUAAAUGCUACAGUUGUACCAAGCACAACUCUACUGGUUCAAGGCCUGUCCUACACUGAUGCUGGUGUGUACAGAUGUAGUGUACAGGACGACCGCAACCCAGGCUCUCCACCAAUAGAAGGAACAAUAGAGCUACGGCUGACAGUAAUACUAACGGCUAUAAACUCAAGUGUGACAAUAUUGGACAAUACUUCAUUUGCGGAGCUAAGAUGUGAUAUGAGCAACUACAUCCGACCUGACGAUCAACUGCAAUGGUUCAAAGAUGGAGAAAUGAUAACCUCAGGACAGGCUAGACGACAAAUCACUUUCACCAAUGGAACUGGACAAGGACAAUUUGGAGGUAUUGUACCCCAAUCAUCGAGAGUUUCGAUGCUCACAAUCUCAAAUCCUGUUUUAAGUGAUACUGGAACGUACAAUUGCCGUGUCAUAGGGACCACAGAAUCUGUUGACAUUGAACUACUUGUUAACAGCUCAAGCUUAAUUGCUACAACAAUGACUACUGAAGUUCCUAUGCCAAAUGCAACAUCAGAAAAAACCACACAAACUGAUGCAACGUCAGAAACCACACAAACUAAUGCACCACCAGAAACCACACAAACUAAUGCAUCACCAGAAACCACACAAACUCCAAUAUUGUCCAUUGCACUAGGUGGAACAAUUGGUGGACUAGUACUACUAAUUCUUCUUCUUAUAGUUGUAAUUAUAGUGUGUGUGGCAAAGAGGAAGAGUCUGAAGCAGAAGCAGCAAAUUGAUGAUCCUACGUACGACUUCCCACAUGAUCUUCGACCACCUCCAUUGCCACAGUCCAGGACCAAUCAGAUUCAAGUGACAACCAACACAGCCUACGCUUCGGCUACGUCACUUAAUGAUGCACCGGACGCCAUUUAUGAGACAUUAAUGGACACUACCAACCCAGCAUAUGGUAUCACACUAUCAGCAAGUGCAGACAUCUCUGUUGAUACCAACAGUGCAUAUGGUAUGGUUAAAGACAUUCCUAUUACAGCUACUAAUGCAGCUCAGCAACAAGAUGAAACACCUCCUGCUACCAACCCAACCUUUGAACAAUUAAGCAAGAGAUUUUGAAGUUGUCAAUAAUAAUUUAUUGUACAUUAAUUUUGAUACUGAAUAUGACGUGUAUAAUCCGAACGAUUAAGACUCAAUGAGGGUGUACCUCCUAUUUUUAUUUUA